UGGAGAUUCACUUGCUCGUCUUGGUCGCCCAGGACUGGGAGAACGAAUGUUCCAGAGUGAGGAAGGCGUCCAGCUCAGUGCCAUUUCGGGAUCGCCGUCCGACAGUCUGGAUGAGCAGCGUCGCCACGCGGAUGCCAAUCGCUUAUCGGACAUCUCCACGAACUCAAGCCAAGACUCUCCCGCCUCGCCCACUGAAGUCUUUGGCAGCACCUUUGAGAAGCAGUCCUCCAGAGCCUUCUCACUCAAGGCUCGCCCUCUGUCCGAAGCCAGUACAGCGUCAGACGAUGUCGAUGGCGCGAAUGAUACCCUCGACGAGAUCCGAGUGUCCACCCCAAGCAAGGUUGGAUACUACGCCGGCACUGGCGAAGGUACCCCAACUCUUCACAGCACUACCAACAAUGAAGGAAGACUCAUGCUCUCUGGGACCCACGGCCGCCCUUCCAAGCCUCGCGGCUCUCGCCGUCACUCGCGGUCGACGACGUCGGAUCUCCGUCAGUCAAGGGAUAGCACACCCAGCCUUGGUUGCUCUUCCGCCUCGGGUUCGGACAGCAUGUCCAUUUACUCCUUGCGCUCGAACGCCUCCAACCCUCCUGAGGUGGUCGCUGGUGUGUCAACUUAUCAGCAAACCUCGAUGUUCAUCAGCCUCAAGCACGAGCCGACCAUCCGGGAGGUUUCUUCGCUUGCGACAGUUCGUCCUACCAGCCCCCGGCUUCACUUCACCGAUGACGAGAACCCAUGGGACGUUGAAGAUAUCAACGAGACUCGCGCGAGAAGUUCACUCAUUGCAGUCCACCGCGAAGCUGAAUACGAGAUUCAAGUCAACAAGUCUCAGUGGGCUGACAGCGAGCUGAGUGAGGCUCCAAGAGGCCAUGACCACGCAAAGCUCACUAAGGCAGAAGUCUUGGCCUUAAUCAUCAAAUCUCAGGCAGACUACAGGAACUUGGAGGAGCUACCUCUUGGUCGUGCGGUUCGUCGUCGCAGGACUUCCUCAAUGGAGGCGCGAGCUACAUCGGGGCCGUACAACAACAACAACCCGAUACCGCCUCCAGUCACUCGCUUCCAGAACAAGAAGGGAUCUAGUGGCAGUGCGAUUUCGGCGACGACAACGACAACGUCAAGCUACGGCGGUUUCCGGGACGAGGACUUUGACGUUGUCCCGGUCUCUCCUCUUAUCACCGAGUUUGCUCGUCAGCCUCUCCCAUUCACCAAGGCGCCAGGAGAGUCCAGCAACACGCUCCGCGUCCCCGAAGACCCGUCCAACACUCUCCAAGUCCCUUCUUCAAGCAGCAGCCGUAUGCGGGUCAACUCGACUCAGCGUCGCGAAAACGUCGGCUGGGGCCGCCGCCGCCACUCUGACGGGCCUGAGCAGCUUCUUAUCCCGUCCGCUGCCGAUCUCGUCGUGCAGCCCAAGUCGGCGUCCGCUGCUACCUUCCCGACGCACCGCAUCGCUCCGUCCUUCAUCGCGUUCUCGCCUCUCCCGGCCGACAUCAGAAGGCGGAACGAAGAGAGUCUCAAGGCAGCCGCCACCAGUGAGCGCGCGCUUCCUACUGUUCGCAUGCCGCCUCCCCGCCCGCCCCGCCAGCGUGAUGUGGCGCUUCACGUCAACUCGUCUGGCUCACCCGUCAACCUUCACUCGCUCGAAAACGGCCCCGCCCAGGCGCUUCACAUCCCCAAGCGCAACCAGCAGUCGAGCGGCAAGGAGAACAGCCCGCGCAAGGUUCUUGCAUCGUCGAACCCCAACGUUCUUUCAACUAGGACUUCGCGUGGUGCCCUCCAGAGCAAGGGUAAGGGCAACGGCUACCCCCACAAGGAAGGUGGUAUUCCAGCCCCGCCCAUCUGGAACCAGCCUCUCCCGGCGCUGCCUUCACCCAGUCGUGAUCGUAGGCACUCACGGGCCAAGGACAGCAUGCACCUUCGCCAGCCCUCGAGGCACCCGGCUGCACCUCUGCGCGUCUAACGUGCCAUCAAAGAUAGACACUUACUGCCCCUGCUUCUCGCGUCGCC